CUGAAGUGCAGUCGAGCUGUUGUGUGUCUCAAAUGGCAGAAGCCAGAAUUUCAGUGGAUCAGGAUGAGUCCCUGUGUCCAGUGUGUCUGGAUCUCCUGAAGGAUCCAGUGGCCAUUCCCUGUGGACACAGUUACUGUAAGAUCUGUAUUACAGGCUGCUGGGAUCAGGAGGACGAGAAGAGAGUCUACAGCUGCCCUCAGUGCAGACAGACCUUCAGUUCAAGACCUGCUUUAGCUAAAAACACCAUGCUGGCUGAACUGGUGGAGAAACUGAAGAAGACUACACUUGGUAAUGACUGUUACGCUGGAGCUGGAGAUGUGCAGUGUGACGUCUGUACUGGAAGAAAACACAAAGCCGUCAAGUCCUGUCUGGUGUGUCUGGAGUCGUACUGUCAGACUCAUUUUGACCGUCACGAGGAACAUCACUCCCGUAAGCCUCAUAAAGUGACCGACGCCACUGGACGACUGCAGGAGAUGAUCUGCCAAACACAUGAUAAACUCCUCAAGGUUUUCUGCCGCACUGACCAGAGUUUCCAGUCUCUCUCAGCUCCUCCUGAAUCUACAGACGUCAAUGACAGUCCCUUCAGUCCUCUCUCCUCUUUUGAUGGUGUGCCUGUCCAUCAGCUGAAAGACAAACUGGAGGAGAGAAGGGAAGAGGAGAAGAAGAUCUCUGACAGAGUCACUCUCUCCAACAUUGUUCCCAGGACCAGGAACGACUUCCUACAAUAUUCCCGUCAGCUCAAUCUGGAUCUGAACACAGUGAAUGAACACCUCCGUCUGUCUGAGGAUAACCGAGUGAUUACUGACACUUUCCCAGAAUCUCAGUCCUAUCCUGAUCAUCCAGACAGAUUUGAUCAUUUUGCUCAGGUGUUGUGUAGAGAGAGAGUGUGUGGACGCUGUUACUGGGAGAUUGAGCAGAGUGGUAGACGUCUGUAUAUAUCAGUGUCAUAUAAGAGCAUCGGCAGAAAGGGAGAGGGUGAUGAGAGUUUCUUUGGAUCUAAUAAACAGUCCUGGAGUUUGUUAUGCUCUUUCUACAGAUACUCAUUCAGACACAAUAACAUACAGUUUAAACUCCCUGUAAAGCCCAUCAGCAGCAGAACAGGAGAGUGUGUGGAUCACAGUAGAGCAGGAGUUGGUGUGUAUCACAGAGUAGGAGUGUAUGUGGAUCACAGUGCAGGAACUCUGUCCUUCUACAGCGUCGACAGAGACACAAUGACCCUCAUACACACAGUCCAGACCACAUUCACUCAGCCGCUCUAUCCUGGGUUUAUGGUUUAUUAUGGAUCAUCAGUGAAACUGUGUUGAUGAAGAGGGAUGGUAUUCAUCCCUUCUGGGCUGGUGCUGCUCUUCUCUCUAGUAAUUUGGCUCAUAGCCUUAGAGCUAAAACAUGACAUAAUAUUAAUAUUCGAUUUACUUCAAAAGCACGUAUUGUUAAUGAUAUGAUUACAGAUUAUAACCUACAUGUGCUGUGUAUGACCGAAACCUUGCUAAAACCAGACAAUUACAAUACUUUACCCUGCAAGAUUACUGCUAUAUACUGUACAUGAGCCUCAUCUGUAAGGGAAAGGGGGAGGUGUUGCUGUAAUUUAUAGUAAUAUCUUCAGAAUUACUAAAGUCUAAGUUUUGGUGCUAAAUGUAAUAUAUACUGUAAAUGAUAAAUCACGUUUGAGAUUU